GGUGUGUUUUUGAAGCUGAAGCUGAUCACGUGAUCCGCUGUAACUCCUCCUCCGUCCAGAGAGUGUCGCUGUUGUUGUAGUGAAAGUGUAAUAAUGUGUAGAAGAAGGGUUGUGUUGUUAUUGAUCGGCUGUUUAUUCUGGGUUUAUAUGGAGCUGCACUCUUUAAUAAAGAAAUAAUUGACCAGUUGGGCGCCCACCACUACUGCUAUUAGUGCUCCUAUCACGAUUAACCACCACAAACACACCAGAACAUUCUGAAACCUCCUGAAAAACAAGAAUGUCGGACAAUAUAGUGUCCAGAAGAAGCUGCAGAAAGCAGCAGAAAGUGAUGAAGAACAAGGCCAGCAUUCACCACUGCUCAGAGUGUGGGAAGGGUUUUCGAAAACGAUAUAAUCUAACUUUACACCAAAGAAUUCACUCAGGAGAGAAGCCGUAUCACUGCUCAGAGUGCGGGAAAAGUUUUAGAAGUGAAGCUAACUUAACGAUACACCGGAGAAUUCACACCGGAGAGAAACCGUAUCACUGCCCAGAGUGCGGGAAGAAAUUCACAAGUCUUGGUUACGUGAAGAAACACCAACGGAUGCACACAAGAGAGAAGCAGUAUAAAUGUUCGGUGUGUGGAAAAAGCUUCGCAGAGCUAAAUUAUCUGAAGAAACACCAGCGAAUUCACACCGGAGAGAAGCAGUUUAACUGUUUAGAGUGCGGAAAAAGUUUUAUAGAACUGCGUAAUCUUCAGGAACAUCAGCACAUUCAUACUGGAGAAAAACCGUAUCGAUGCUCAGAGUGUGGGAAGAGUUUUAGGCAUGGAAGUACCUUAAAAAACCACCAGCGAAUUCAUGCUGGAGAGAAACCGUAUUACUGCGCAGAAUGCGGAAAGAGCUUCAGAAAUGGAACUAACCUAAUGAUCCACCAGCGCGUUCACACUGGAGAGAAACCGUAUCAAUGCCCAGACUGUGAUAAGGGAUUUAGUCAAAGGUGUGCCCUUCAGAAACACCAGCGCAUUCACUCAACACAAAAACCCUACAACUGCCUCUAUUGUUCUAAGAGCUUUAAUCAGGAAGCUUAUCUAAGAAUACACCAGCGCGUUCACACUGGAGAAAACCUGUUUCACUGCUCAGAGUGUGAGAAGAGUUUUACACGCAGGUAUUUACUAACAAGACACCAGUGCAUUCACACCGGAGAGAAACUGCACUACUGCUCAGACUGUGGGAAGAGUUUUACGCAGUUGUGUGAUCUCCAGGAGCACCAGCGUGAUCACGCCGGAGAGAAGCCGUAUUCCUGCUCAGAGUGCGGGAAGAGUUUUAGAGAUAACGCUAAACUAAAACGGCACCAACAGAUUCACUCGAGAGAGAAGAGGAAGAAACACUGUUUAGAUCCGUCUGUCCAUCAGAACGACACGACCAACGUGGAGCCCAAACAGAAAACUCAGACCUACAAUCAAAACGCUGUUAAGAUCGAGCCCCCAGAAAUACUGCUGAAAACAAUAAAGGGUGAAAGUAUGGUUUCCAGAGGAAGCUCCACAAUGCAGCAGAGAAUGGAACUUAAAGCGUGCACAGAAGAUAAACCGCAUCACUGCUCCGAGUGUGGAAAGAAAUUCGCAAGUCUGGAUUACCUAAGAAAACACCAGCGCUUUCACACAGAAGAGAAGCCAUAUAACUGUUCAGAGUGUGGAAAGUGUUUUAUAGAACUGCGUAAUCUUCAGGAACAUCAGUACAUUCAUACAGGAGAGAAACCGUAUCACUGUUCCGAGUGCGGGAAGAGUUUUAGACAGGGAAGUACCUUUAAAAUCCAUCAGCGCACUCACACUGGAGAGAAACCGUAUUACUGCUCAGAUUGCGGGAAGAGGUUUACAAAUAGAACUAAUUUAAUGGUCCACCGGCGCAUUCACACGGGAGAGAAACCGUAUCAGUGCCCAGACUGCGGGAAGAACUUUUCAUGCGUAGAUUACAUGAAGAAACACCAGCGCAUUCACACGGAAAAGAAGCAGUACGACUGUUCGGUUUGUGGAAAAAGCUUUGCCGAACCGAACUACCUGAAGAAACACCAGCGCAUUCACACAGGAGAGAAUCUGUUUCACUGCACAGAGUGCGGGAUGAGUUUUACGGGAUCGCGCAACCUCCAGGAACACCAGCGCGUUCAUACAGGAGAGAAACCGUAUCACUGCUCAGAGUGCGGGAUGAGCUUUAGUCACGGAAGUACCCUAAUAAACCACCAGCGCGUUCACACUGGAGAGAAACCGUAUCAGUGCUCGGAAUGUGGGAAGAGUUUUAGAAAGGUAACCAACCUAACAUUGCACCAGCGCAUUCACACUGGAGAGAAACCGUAUCAAUGCUCAGACUGCGGGAAAAAAUUCAUAAAUUCAGAUUAUCUAAAAAAGCACCAGCGCAUUCACACUGGAGUGAAGCAGUAUAGCUGUUCGGUUUGUGGAAAAUACUUUACACAAGUGAAUUACCUGACGAAACACCAGCGUAUUCAUACACGAAAGAAGCAGCAUAAAUGUUCAGUGUGUGGAAAAAGCUUCACAGAACUAAAUUACCUGAAGAAACACCAGUGCAUUCACACAGGAGAGAAACCGUAUUACUACUCAGACUGCAGAAAGAGUUUUACCGAACUGCGUAAUCUUCAGGCUCAUCAGCAAAAUCAUACAGGAGAGAAACCGUAUCAGUGCUCCAAGUGUGGGAAGAGUUUUAGACAGGGAAGUACCUUUAAAAAACAUCAGCGCACUCACACUGGAGAGAAACCGCAUUACUGCUCAGAUUGUGGGAAGAGGUUUUCGAGUAUAACUAACUUAAGGGUCCACCAGCGCAUUCACACCGGAGAGAAUCUGUUUCACUGCACGGAGUGCAGGAUGAGUUUUACAGGCUCGCGUAAUCUCCAGGAACACCUGCGCAUUCACACAGGAGAGAAACCGUAUCACUGCUCCGAGUGUGGGAAGAGUUUUAGACAUGCUAGUACCUUAAAAAACCAUCAGCGCAUUCACAUCCAAAAGAAACUCAGCUCGUAUCCCUGCUCAGAGUGUGGCAUGAGUUUCAAAAGUGCAACUAACUUAAAGAUCCACCGGCGCGUUCACACUGAAGAGAAGAGAUUCAAGUGCUUUAAGUGUGAUAAGAGAUUUAAUCAACGUUAUUUCCUCCAGAUACACAAGCUCAUUCACUCAGCAAAGAAAUCGUAUAAUUGCCUGAACUGUUCCAAGAGUUUUAGUCGAAAAGCUUAUCUACUAAUUCACCAGCGCGUUCACACCGAAGAGAACGAUAAACUCAAAAAACAAAAAAAAAAGGAGAAGAUACCCGGCUCAGAGACGUCUGUCCUCCAGACCGACAUGACCUCCGUGGAGCCCAGCUCGAGAACUCCAAUCUCUACACAUCCCCCUGUUAAGAUAGAACCUGAAUCAUACUGACUUCUUUAUGUCUGCGUUCACAUUACCAGGCUGAAGUGACUCAAAUCAAAUUUUUUGCUCAAUGAGACAUUUUCUUAUGUGGUCCACGGACAUGCGACAUGAAUGUGAAUGGUCAAAUCAGAAUUCUUGCGUCUUUUAGCUUUUAUACAUUAGCAUUAGCGCUACGUGCUUCUCUCUCAUACCCACACACAUCUGUUGGUGAACAGCAAAAGCAAACCGCCUGUCCUUUUUUCACCUCCUGGAGCUGAGCAUGAACUUCAGAGCAGCUGUUUACUCUCCACUCCAGCAAAAGAUGCUCCACAUAUGAGCUGCUAACUCAUCCAUUUCCCUUUAUAAAGCUACGAGACUCUCCUCUCUCUAAUAUGAGGGUUUUUGUUGUUGGUGAAGAAGGAGACGUUUAUACAGGUAUCAAUGUGCAGCAUGUGAGACGGUUCAGGAACAGAUCACUUACAUUUGUGAAUGUGAACCGUCUGAAAAGCCAAAUCCGAUCUGAGCAAAAAAUCGGAUUUGAGCAAUGUGGCUUGUAAUGUACACAUGGCCUAUGCUAACCAUAUACUAGACAACUUUUUAGUCAAAGACUAAAGACUAAGGAUUUUGUAAAGACUGGGGAUUAUGUAGGGUCACUAUUUGCAGGACCGUAACUGGAUUCUUUCUGAGAUUAUUCAUUAUUAUUUUUUAUUUUAUAUUAUUAUUACUAUUAUUACUCUUGCACACUCCACAGCUCCACUAGUUUCUUCGUCUUUUCUAAACUCCAGGAGAACCGUGGUUUCUGAGCCGUUGCCGGAGUCUCUUCCAUGUCCAGUUCCGCAAGCGUUCCUGCUCUUUCCUUGCGGCUUCCUGUAGCUCUUCUCCUAUUGGUUGUUGACAUUGUUCACCUCACUAUUUGCGUGAGCCAUGUUUCACGACUCAAGAAUAUUAAACACUGAUGAUUUUAUCUGAACGCAGGACAAGAAAAAAAAUGACUUAAACCUUCAAUCCAAACCACUUUACAUUGAACUAACGAGACGACGCCACCACAACUCUGCGACAGAGAAAUCACUUAAAAAUAGUAUUUUUAAUUAGAUAUUAGAAUUAGAUAUCGUGUUUUAUAUGUAUUUUUUUACUGUACAUAUAGUUGUUGUAAAUCUUUUUUUGCCUAUAAUAUGGUUGUAAACACCUUCAUGUCUUCAUGUUUCAGGGACAGAAACCAACCCACUGUCAGAAAAGAAGUAAUAAAUCUGUGGUUUAUUUAUUUUA